AUGUCUGCACCACCUUAUGAGGGAGCUCCACCUUAUCAGCCUUAUCCUCCACCACAGUAUGGCGGUCAGCCUCCCUACAAUCAACAGCCCGGCUUCGCCUAUCCGCCUGGUCAAGUAAAUUACCCAUCACAACCAUAUCCAAAUACACUCCAGCAAAAUUAUGGACCUCAAGGAGGUUAUUCACAACCUUAUGGGCAACAAUAUCCACAGCAAUAUCCACAACAGUAUCCACAACAACCACAAGUUGUGUGA